CUAUCAUACGGAGUAUAUAUAUAAUAUAUAUAUAUAUAUAUAUAUAUAUAUAUAUAUAUAUAUAUAUAGCACUUGAGCUAGUUAACAAAACAAAAGAAAACAUGAAAAUGGUAAUAAUUAGCCUCAUGAAGAAGAAGAAUCCAUUAGUAUUCCUCAAGAAAAGAAUUGAAGCAUCAUCUGUGCAGAGAGAGAAGGGUGAUGGUAAACCAAAGCCAGGAAUGAUAAGGAAAUCCCCCGAAAUUGCACAAGCAGCGGCGUCAGCAGCAGCCUACAGGGAGGAUGAUCCGCUACUGGACGACGGCGACGAUGCCACUACUGAAAAGCCGCCGCCGGCGCCGCCAUCUCACGGCAAGGUCGUCAAGAAGAAAGUGAGGUUUGCUUUGGAUCAUCAACGCGGUGGCGGAGAAGGAGAAGAAAAGGAGGAGGAGGAAUCCGGCGGCGGCGGGGGGUUGAAAGUGAGAAUAUUGGUGAGCAGAGGAGAGGCAGAGAGGCUGCUGUCGAGGUGUAAAGAUGGAGGAGGGGUUCUGGCGUUCACAGACGUCGUGGCGGCUGCUCAUCACGGCAUCAUAUUGCCGCCCCUCCGCCGGGAAUCUCUUUUCUUCCCUCCCUCCUCCUCAGCUCUCCUAUAAUUAUCAAUUUUUUAUUUAGCAUCGGAGAAGAUUUAUCAUAUGAUUACAUAUUUGUUUUGAGAAAUUUACCUAAACACGAAUAAAACAUAAUGACUUUCCCAAUGUAGGACCAUAUGUUUUUAUUUCCCAAUAUAAGACUUUUGGUCAU